ACUAGGAGCUCCGAGCAUGCAGGCCCAAAUUGGGAUAGAAGAUGGAUUUUGAUAAAAGAGGUUAAAUAACAGGUUUUUCCAUUUCACCUUAUAGGAACGGGAUGGGGGGUGGGGGUGCCGGGCCUCCAGCCAAUAGAGGACCAAGAGUUGUCAGGAGGGCUUAUAAAGCUUGCUAUUUCUGGCAUUUUUUCUCUUUCUCUGCUGAUUAUGCAGCAGAAUCGUACAGAGGCUGUCGCGGGCGCGUUCUCUCGCUGCCUGGGCUUCUGUGGAAUGAGACUCGGGCUCCUUCUACUUGGAAGACACUGGUGCAUUGCAGGUGUGUUUCCGCAGAAGUUUGAUGGUGACAGUGCUUACGUGGGGAUGAGUGACGGAAACCCAGAGCUCCUGUCAACCAGCCAGACCUACAACGGCCAGAGCGAGAACAACGAAGACUAUGAGAUUCCCCCAAUAACACCUCCUAACCUUCCUGAGCCGUCCCUCCUGCACCUGGGGGACCACGAAGCCAGCUACCACUCGCUGUGCCACGGCCUCACCCCCAACGGUCUGCUCCCUGCCUACUCCUACCAGGCCAUGGACCUUCCUGCCAUCAUGGUGUCCAACAUGCUGGCACAGGACAGUCACCUGCUGUCGGGCCAGCUGCCCACGAUCCAGGAGAUGGUCCACUCGGAAGUGGCUGCCUAUGACUCAGGCCGGCCAGGGCCGCUGAUGGGCCGCCCGGCGAUGCUGGCCAGCCACAUGAGUGCCCUCAGCCAGUCCCAGCUCAUCUCACAGAUGGGCAUCAGGAGCAGCAUUGCCCACAGCUCCCCGUCACCUCCUGGGAGCAAGUCAGCGACCCCGUCUCCCUCCAGUUCAACACAGGAGGAGGAGUCAGAAGCCCAUUUCAAGAUCUCGGGAGAAAAGAGACCCUCAGCUGACCCAGGAAAAAAGGCCAAGAACCCAAAAAAGAAGAAAAAGAAGGACCCCAAUGAGCCACAGAAGCCUGUGUCAGCCUACGCACUCUUCUUCAGAGACACUCAGGCUGCCAUCAAGGGACAGAACCCCAGCGCCACCUUCGGGGAUGUGUCCAAGAUUGUGGCCUCCAUGUGGGACAGCCUGGGAGAGGAACAGAAGCAGAGCUCCCCAGAUCAAGGUGAGACCAAGAGCACUCAGGUGAACCCACCAGCCAAAAUGCUGCCACCCAAGCAACCCAUGUAUGCCAUGCCAGGCCUGGCUUCCUUCCUGACGCCGUCGGACCUGCAGGCCUUCCGCAGCGGGGCCUCUCCCGCCAGCCUCGCCCGGACACUGGGCUCCAAGUCGCUGCUGCCAGGCCUCAGCACAUCCCCACCACCGCCACCCUCCUUCCCACUCAGCCCCCCACUGCACCAGCAGCUGCCACUGCCCCCCCACGCACAGGGCGCCCUUCUCAGCCCACCUGUCAGCAUGUCCCCAGCCCCCCAGGCCCCUGUCCUGCCUACCCCCAUGGCACUUCAGGUGCAGCUGGCGAUGAGUCCCUCACCUCCAGGGCCACAGGACUUCCCUCACAUCUCUGAGUUCCCCAGCAGCUCAGGACCCCGCUCUCCUGGCCCAUCCAACCCCACGAGCAGCGGGGACUGGGACAGCAGUUACCCCAGCGGGGAGUGCGGCAUCAGCACUUGCAGCCUGCUCCCCAGGGAUAAAUCGCUCUACCUCACCUAAGCCCACCUCCCCCCGUCCCUGAGGCUCGCUGGAAGGGCACUGCUCCGGGCCUGAAGGGCUGACAGCAAAAAAGAGGCCUUGGCAGGAGGCAGGGUGACCGAUCUGAGAGAGCAGUGACCCCAAUGCCCCCGGGCUGAGUCUCUCCCGUGACCUCCCACCGGACUGUGCAGAGGCAGCCCACUGUCUGCUGCCAGCCCAAAGAACCUGCAGGAACCUUCUGCCUGCGACCUGCUUGCUCCAGGGUAGCUGUGGACCCCGCUCCUCACCCUGCACAUGGUACCCUACAUCUGGACGCCUGGCCCCAGCCCCAGCCCACCUGGCUGCCCCUGGCGGGGUCUCUCACCAACAGGCACCCACCCCAGAUGUGUAGGCCGGGGGCCCACCACGAUGGACACGCACAUACGGUUUUCCGGUGUGAACAAAAGAUUAUGAAACCCUAUAAACCGUUGGCUCUGUGUAAGUAGUUGGCUAAGUGUUUUAGAACUGUGCUGAAGACAUCUGUAAGAUUAUUUUGUGGGGGAAAAAGUAGUUUCCUUUAAGGUAAAAAGCAUUUUUAUAUGACCCUUAGCACAUUGUUUUUAAGUUUUAUCUUAAGGGAGACCUGCACAAAAGCGGCCACCAAACCGUUUCAUCGUCUGCACAGCCAGAACCGGACCAUUGUAGCCACCCUCAGAGGAUCGCUCUUUUCUGUUAACCAUCUGUCCAUCUAUUUAAAAUUGCCAAUGAUGACUUUUGUCUAUUUCCGAAGAGACCUUGAGAACAAAGUUGCAGCCUAUCAUAACGUGUGUGUGGUUUUGGGGUUUGGUUUUGGUUCUUGACGUUGUUUGCAGCUGUUUCCUGGCCCUGGCGAAUGUCUGUGUCGGUGCCCAGUGCUUCUCUCAAAUCUCUUUGUAAUAAAAAUUCGGAAAAGUUGAAAA